UCUCUCUAAUAUACAGAAGAAUUGAAGUCCAAAAAUUUGGCAAGAGACACCAUGACGGACAGAGUCUACCCAUCAGCCAAACCGGCGGCGAACGGAGGUGAAGCAACCGCCACCGUCGCUAACGGCGGUGCCAACCCAACAUUUCCAGUCAACAAAGCCCAGCUCUACAACGCCACUCGUCCCAUGUACCGUCCCCAGCCUCCGCCCAAGCGUCGGCACAGCCGUAGCUGCUUUUGUUCCUGCUGUCUCUGGACUACCCUCAUGAUCCUACUGAUCCUCCUCCUCGCUGCCAUAGCCGGCGCCGUCUUCUGGGUGCUCUACCGCCCACAACGCCCCUCCUUCGCCGUCUCCUCCCUCCAACUCUCCAAAUUCAACCUCACCAACACCGCCAUAAUCUCCACCUUCAACCUCACUGUCACUGCGCGUAAUCCCAACAAGAAAAUCACCUUUUUUUACGAUCCCAUAUCGGUGAAAGUAUUUUCCGGCGACUUCACCAUCGGUGAUGGAUCAUUACCGGGAUUCAUUCACGGUAAAAAGAAUGUCACCACUUUGAAAUCUGUAAUAUCAAGCUCAAAUCAAUUUUCCGAUGGAACAGAUGUUUCUCCAUUGAAGUCCAGCUUGAAGAACAAGAAUCUGCCACUGAAAAUCCAGCUGGAUACCAAAGUAAAAGUGAAAGUCGGAAAAGUGAAAACUAAGAAGCUCAGAAUUAGGGUUACUUGUGACGGCAUUAAAAUUUCAGUCCCCACUGGAAAAGCAGCCACGGUGGCGAAAACCACCGGUGUCAAGUGCAAGCUUGAUCCAAGAAUCAAGAUCAUCAAGUGGACUGUUUGAAGAAAACUUCCGACCGGAAAGUCAGUCACAGCAGCGCAUCUAAUUCAAGUGCAAGCUUGAUAAUCACUGAAUCAAGAUCUGUUUAAAGGAAAUUACUUUUACACAAAGCGUAAUAAUUGUUUUAUAUUAGUUUUUGGUUUGAAGUUUUGUUAUUCUUGGAUUUGAUUUCAUUCUUUCCUCUUUUUUUACUUAAUUUCGGGUGUAUGAAUAUCCGUAGGAUUUAAUAUUUAUACUCAUAUUGCAUAUA